AUGUUUACUAGAAACGUGUCACGAGUAGUUAAGUACGGGCUUUAUGGAAGCGUAGCAAUAGGUAGUGGUGCUUUUGUUACAUCGAUUUACCAAGAUGAUUAUGAUUCCCUACCUAUCGUGAGACAUACAAGAGCAGCCCGUACUGCACUAGAAAUUGGCCAGAUGUACAAAUCAAAGCUCUACAGCAAAGACUGGGAUAAAAACUCCCAAGAAUACUUGGAGGUAAAAAGUGAGGCACACAAAUUGGGAGCAGAGAAACUGCUUGAGUUAUGUAAAACUAACAAAGGAGUGUACAUCAAAGUUGGUCAGCACGUCGGCGCCCUAGAAUACUUGUUACCUAGUGAAUAUGUGUCAACAAUGAAAGUUUUACAUAAGGAUGCACCAAAGAAUUCAGUUGAAGAACUUUACAAAGUUAUUAGAGAUGAUUUAAAACAAGAUCCCACUGAGAUUUUCAUUGAAUUUGAUGCAGAGCCUCUUGGCACUGCCUCACUAGCACAAGUUCACAGAGCAAGGUUAAAGGAUGGCAGAGAAGUUGCAGUAAAAGUACAACAUCAUUAUGUUCGAAAGAACACUAGUAUAGAUCUGCGAUGGAUGGAGCUGCUAAUCAAUAUUAUGUCAAAGGUUUUCCCAGAUUUUCAAAUGCAAUGGCUGGUGGAUGAAACUAAAAAGAAUAUAGCCAAAGAACUUGACUUUCUAGAGGAAGGAAAGAAUGCUGAAAGAGUUGCUGAACUAUUUAAACAUUAUACCUGGUUGAAGAUUCCAAAGAUUUUCUGGGAAUACAGUACAGACAGGGUUCUUGUAAUGGAGUAUGUUACUGGUGGACAAGUCAAUGAUCUUAAAUAUAUAGAGAAAAAUAACAUCAGCAAAGUUGACCUAUGCACAAAGAUAGGAGAUUUGUACUCGCACAUGAUAUUUGUUACUGGUUUUGUGCACAGUGACCCUCAUCCUGGUAAUAUAGUUAUACGGAAAGAGCCGGAGGACAAGGAUGUAACCGUAAUUCUAUUGGAUCAUGGUUUAUAUGCACAACUUACUGACAAAUUCCGCUACCACUACUCUAAGCUAUGGCUAUCCAUAAUCGCUAGAGAUAAAGAGGCUAUUAAGUUUUAUUCGGGGAAAUUAGGUAUUAAUGAGGACUUGUAUGGAUUGUUUGCAUGUAUGAUAGCAGGAAGACCAUGGGAUGUUAUUAUGAAGGGAAUUGACGUAACAAAACCAUCAUCGGAAGAGAAAAAGACAUUCCAAAAAGAGCUACCAAACUUUUUACACCGUGUCACUCAAUGCUUAGAACAUGUUGAUCGACAAGCAUUAUUAGUUAUGAAGACGAAUGACCUAAUACGAAGCAUUGAGUAUUCAUUGGACAUGCAGGAGAGGAUGUGUGGUUUCAUGGUUAUGACCAAAUGCUGCACAGAGAGUAUAUACAAUCUUGAACUAAAGACCGAAAAGUCACAAGUGAAACGACAACUUUUAGGCGUAAAAUAUAUGUGGUCCCUCUUCGUCCUAUAUUUGUAUUCAAUAUAUUUAGCUAUACGCGAAAAAUGGAAUAUGUUCUUGUACCAAGCAAGUUGUUGUGCCUCAUAUUAA